AGCCAAUCUUUAUUUCCACCACAUCGAUGAUUUCGUGGACAUCAGACAGUUGAACACCAUUUCCUGGAGAGACAAAUUUUGGAGUAACAUUGGAAACAGACUUUUCUGACGCUGCAAUUUAAGCUCAGAAUAUUUAGCAGGGCCAGUAGUUGUCCAGGAUAAGAUUUAUGCAGAUUGGUGUCCGCGAAUUCAGGCUAACUCUGGUGGACCAGAAGUAGUGAAUGUUGAAACUGAGGCUGGAGUUGGCGGAAGGACAUCCAGGUCAGCAAGGCUUCGCGCAUCACGCGAGCAGAGGCCGUGUCAGCGUUGUCAACGAAAUGGUCAACAUUAACGCAGUUAGCCAUUGGUCUUGAUAAAGCAGUCUUCAUUUUCGUUCAGUGAUCUGAGCCAUGUCAUCUCGGAUCCUCCAUUCUUAACGAAUUGGGGUCCAGCUGGUCAACUAUACUGUCAACGCAAAUCUGUAAGAAUGCCACGCACUGCCCCAACAGCAGCACAGCGGCGGCUUUAUUAUUGUCGUGACAGAUCACGGCGGACCAUGGAGUGAAGCUCUGGACUGGGCAGGGCAGCGCAUCAGGUCAAGAGAGGUUCGAGCACGAAGCUUGAAACUGAGCUGUUUCCCUGCUCUGAUCUUGCUCUCAUCUGGGAAUAUUUGAGCUAGUGGUGGCGUGGCAUCUAUUUUGAAGUGCACGAGCAUUUCCGUUCGAGGUGAACGCAUCAAUAUUUGUCGCUACUGCCUAUGACCUGUAAAUGGUUGGAGUGAUGGCAUGGGAGCAACUCUCGUUCUCUGAAGUAUGGCCAGAUGGGCUCUCCCUUCGAGUUUUCGAAGUAUGUGUUCCUGCUCAGUGAUCUCGCGAGUGGUGCAUCCGAAUAAUGUUCACAAACUCUUGACUGCCGUGGUCAACCAGGCAGUCAAGAGCUCGGUAUAAACACAUUCUCCAAAGCUCAGUAGCAUACAUCCUGAUUGGUUGUAGUUCCUGCACAUGAGCCGAAAACUUGGCUGCCUAAGUACAUGGUAGAGUUGUUCAUCUACCAUGUACUUAGGCAGCUCCCUAAGAUGCGUGCAUGCUCGAGAAACUGACGACAAUCCAUUACAUACCCAACACGAAGAUACACAUAAAAUAUACAGAAAAUGAGCGAAACCUGAGAAGGAGAAUUUUCACGAUUUUUUGAGAAGAGCACGAAACUUCGUAACUGCCGGUUGUCACAACACUCUGAUCCAAAAUUCUCUGAACAUUUUCUGAUUUCCCUUGUGCUCGUCGAGGGAUAUAAUUCCUCCUCUGAACCAACAGCUGGAAGUGUAUGUUGCGCCAAGUGAGAAGAUAAUCACAUUACACAGGCGCAUCGAAAAUUGAAAAUUUGAGUAGGAAUCUCUUGCUGAGGACAGAACAUUUAGCGCCGAACCCCAAAGCGAGAAACCUAACAAGACUGAAUUCUACCACAUACAAGAGCGGAAUCAAAAUUUCGUCAUGAAAGGGUACAAGUGAUGAUCGGCCACAUCGAGGAUGGGGCUGCGGCAGAUAUGCUGGCUCCGAAUUCGAAGCUCGACGAAAAAGAGCAUAAACGUGAAACUGGACUGCGUAUCGGCAGCAAGCAGAUGCUCAUAACUUGAUCGGUCGUUAUCACAAUUCGUCCUCCUUUUGGCUGCCAAAGCAGCAAAGCUCUCCAGGACUUCGCAGUUCGAGUUGGCCUGCUGGAUAUGUUGGAAUGACUCGAGCUGAGAGCAUUCCUCAGUCACCAGACUACGUCGAGCUUUGAAGGCUUGACAGCAAAAGGAGGAAACAUUGAGAUAACAAAGGAACAAGUUACGAGCAUCUAGUCGAAUGUCAACAUUAUGACAUUGUCGGCGAUCUGCAGCCAGCGGUCUCCAUGUCCAGUCCGUCCAAAUCAAUCAUGUGGAAUAAUCAAACAGGAUCGACAGCCAAGGCCACGGAGAUGUCCAGAAUCAGAAAAUUCCAACGGCAGCUCGUGUAGCUUGCAAGAUCAAAAAAAGCAGAGCAGGUGAUACGGCUCUCAAGGACCAAAAUCGAAGGGCACUCUACUGUGCUAAUUCAAAAACAUUGCAUCAUGAUGAGGAUCAAUCUGGAGAGAGAUCAAGGAAGAUUCAUGGGUCCGCAGUCUGCAGUAAGGAAAACCGAGCCAGUCCUUGCCGAGGAAAACCUUAAGAGUGACGGAGGAAAGAGAGGGCAGGACUACUACAUCGAGCAAGCUGUAAGACUUUCGGGGGAAAGAAGUUGCAGGCGAGCCAAUCCAUCGCAACUAGAUGUGACACAAACGGAGGAGGAGGACCAAGCCUUUGACUUUCGGACCUGGAGGAAUAACUCGUAGAGUUGGUGCUAACUUCCAAUAGAUGUAAAUAAAUACCUGCGAGAAACUACUGGGCAGCUGCACGGUGCAGAUGAUGUCCGGGCCAGGGCCGGUCAUAUAAUUCCCGGGUCGAGAACUCAUAUUCUGCUGCUGUGAGCAGUACCGUCAGCAAGGAUCUAUUCAUCAUUGGGUGCCAAACUGCGUCAGGGGUUGAGCUCUGUCGUUUUAUCCAUAUCCAGUGUCGAGGUCAACUGAGCUCAGCUUCGUGGCACCUUCGGUUUUGGUUGACUCGAAGAAACAGUGUUUGACGAACGCGAGCUUGUGAACUCCACACGCCCCAAUUGCAACC